AUGAUUUGGGCUACCUCUGGGACAUUUCGAUGCCUUGUACCUCUGGCAUUGCUGGUAGUAGUACUAUUGGCCAUAUGGGUCAUCGCAAAAGCGUUCUCUGGCCCGCUCUCAGCGGUACCAGGACCGUGGCACACGAGGUUCACAGGUAUCGUGACCAAGUACAAGAUAUUGACUGGCCAACGCAUUUUCUAUGUGUAUGACCUUCACCAAAAGUACGGGCCCCUGGUCGGAGUAGAGCCAAGCGAGGUCAUUGUAUCCCACCUGGACGCCUUUCGCGAAGUUCAUCGCAUCGGGAGUGGAUUUGUCAAAUCCGAUUGGUACAAGUCGUCUACACCGGGAAUCGAAGACAACGUUUUCGCCAUGACAGAUGUUCGGGAGCAUGCAGCUCGUCGAAGAGUGCUGGCCCGCCCCUUUAGCAGGUUAUCACUUUUGGUCAACUUCCAAGACUUGGUGUCGGAGCACUGCGACGUGAUGAAAUGGUGGACUUUGAUGGCUACCGAUGUCAUCGCAAAGGUGGCUUUCAGAGAUGAGUCCCGUCUUCUAGAAGCCGACAACUACAUUGACGACCUGGAAUCAUCGGCGAUGAUCUUCGGGCUGCAAGGCGAGGUACCGUGGCUGUACAAGAUCAUGUGCAUUGCAGCACCUGCUUUUACAAGAAAAUGCGAUACCACCCUCCAGAACGUCGUCAACUACGGAUUGUCGGCCGCGAGCCGGGCCAAAAAGGCCUCCUUGUCCGGACACAACAUCAUCAAAGGCCUGAUCGACGCGAGCCGCGCCGAGGGAACCACCACGACUGACUUCAUCCUGGGCUCACAGGCCUCUGCCUUGAUCUUGGCCGGAUAUACGGCGAAAGCCGGAACAAGAGGUGAAACAGCUGCCGGACAUUACGACGACACGGCAUUGGAGAAGCUGCCAUAUUUGAACGCCGUGAUUACCGAGACUUUACGGCUGUACGGAUCAGUACCCGGCGCUCUUCCUCGCACUACACCAGCUAAAGGCAUUGAAGUCAACGGGAUGUACAUUACGCCAGGGGUGACGUUGACGACUCAAAGUUACACGAUGCACCGCGAUCCCGCAAUCUUCGAUGAUCCAGAAACGUGA